CAUUCGAAGAAUGUCUUGAUUCAUCAAAAUCAGCCAAAGAUUGCAGAUUUUGGACUAUCGAAGCAGAUAAAUGAAAGGUCUAGAACUUCAUCCACAAGUUUACAUGGAAUGCCACAAUAUAUUGAACCCAAUUGCUUUCGCGACCCUAAUUAUAAACGCAAUAUGAAAUCUGACGUUUAUAGCUUUGGAAUAAUUCUCUGUGAAAUUUCAAGUGGAAGACACCCAUUUCAAACUGCUGAAUCAACAAUGGCCAUCUGCUUUCACAUAUACCAAGGAAAUAGAGAAGAACCUGUAGAAGGUACACCACCUCAAUAUAUUGAACUUUACAAACGAUGUUGGGACAACGAUCCUGCCAAUCGUCCAGAAAUAAAAGAAAUUCUCAAUACUUUAAUACAUCUUAUUCGUAACGAAACUUUGAGUCAACAAAAUUCCGUUGAAGUAUCAACUCAAAAUAGCGAAACUUCUUCAAGUCAUCAGGAUGAUACAAGCACGUUUGUAGAUUCAUAUAGUUUUACGACGUCUACACUUUGUUUAUCUGAUACAAUAAAUGUAGGCAUUGAAACUCAAUAUGGUAGUAUUCUUGAAGUUAUUAGAAAAGAAGCAAAUGAAUGUUUUACGCAAGGCAAAUUUCUUAAAGCAUUAGAAC